AUGCAUGAGGGAUUAGUCAAUGUGACUGUCAUAUCUGAGUUUCUGCUCAUGGGAUUCCCUGGUGACCAGGUGCUACAGAGAUUCUACGCCUCUGUCUUCUUCCUGGUUUACUUGGCAGCUCUGAUGGGGAACCUGCUCAUUGUCACCCUCACCUCCAUUGACCAGCAGCUCCAGGCCCCCAUGUACUUCUUCCUGAAGAACUUGUCUUUGAUUGACAUCUGCUACAUCUCCACCACUGUCCCCAAGUGCAUCAUGAACACCCUGACCAACAGCCACUCCAUCUCCUUUGUGGGCUGUGCCUCUCAGGUUUUCCUGGUCAUCUUCUUGGCAGGCACAGAGUAUGCUCUCCUGCUAGUGAUGUCCUAUGACCGCUAUGCUGCCAUCUGCCACCCUCUGCACUAUGAGGCCAUCAUGAACAGAGGGGCCUGUGUGCAGAUGGUGACAGUGGCUUGGCUCAGUGGCUGUGUCUAUGGAUCCCUGCAUGUGGCAGGGACAUUCUCUGUGCGUUUCUGUGGCCCCAACACAGUGAAUCAAUUCUUCUGUGAUGUUCCUUCCCUGCUCAUACUGUCUUGUGCUGGGGACCAAAUACUAGAAUAUGCCAUCAUCAUUGCUAGCUGUUGUUUUGAUUUUGGAUGUUUUAUUUUUAUGGCUGUGUCUUAUAUUCAUAUUUUCUCCACUGUCCUGAGAAUUCCAUCUGACAAGGACAGAUUCAAAUCGUUCUCCACCUGCCUUCCCCAUCUCAUUGUGGUAACAAUAUUCCUUAUUUCUCGUGCUGUCACUUACUUAGGUACUAAAUAUAAAUCUAUACCUUCUUUGAAUUUAUUCAUAUCUGUGUUAUACUCUCUGUUACCUCCCAGCCUGAAUCCUCUCAUCUAUAGCCUGAGAAACAAGAACAUGAAGGCAGCCCUCUACAAAAUACUGCCCUUCAAACAUAUGGAAUCUAUGCUAAGUAAAUCAGGUAUUUGUGCCCUUUAUUCCCAGAGAAUACUUUCUACAGACUCUGAUGAGUGUUUAGAACUAAGAAUCUUACCAAACUCUAUAUAUUGUGUUUUUCAACCUGUGCCUGUCUAUGAUGAAGUUUAA